UCUUGGCUGGUCCGGGCCGAGUCGCCAUUUUGUGUCAAUUCCUGAUUGCGGCGGGGGCCGGGCAGCCGGGGCACCCGGGGCAGCAGACAGGGAGACAGUCGGCCCGUCUCCUCUCUACCUCAAAUCCUUUUUUUUUUUUUUUUAACCCCCCACCCCUCGCUCGCUCGCUCUCCUCUUCUCCCCCUACCCUUCGCUUGCUCCAUCGCGCGCGGCCCGCGCUAAUUACAUCCAACCACCCACCAGUGUCCGUGUCUCCCGGAUCUCCCGUCCCCGGGCCCGCGGGGGUGCGUGCGGGGAGCUCUCGCCCCGAUGAGGGCCCCGCGCCAGUGAGCGAGUGACCGCAAGGGUGGGCUGCGGAGAAAGCAGGCGGCGAGCGGUCCGCCGAGGCCUAGGCCGAGCGGCCUACGCGGAGGUCGGCGCAGAGGAACUAUGGAGGCCGCGCCCGGGACCCCCCCGCCGCCGCCAUCAGAGUCGCCGCCGCCGCCAUCGCCGCCGCCGCCAUCAACGCCUUCGCCUCCUCCGUGUUCCCCCGACGCCCGCCCGGCCACCCCGCACCUCCUCCACCACCGCCUCCCGCUCCCUGACGACAGGGAAGAUGGAGAGUUGGAGGAAGGCGAGUUGGAAGAUGAUGGGGCAGAGGAGACCCAGGAUACCUCCGGAGGGCCCGAGAGGAGCCGGAAAGAAAAGGGGGAGAAGCAUCACAGUGAUUCGGACGAGGAGAAGUCUCACAGAAGACUGAAGCGGAAACGGAAGAAGGAGCGGGAGAAGGAGAAAAGAAGGUCGAAGAAGAGGAGGAAGUCCAAACACAAACGCCACGCUUCUUCUAGCGAUGACUUCUCUGACUUCUCAGAUGACUCGGAUUUCAGCCCCAGUGAGAAAGGGCACCGCAAGUACAGAGAGUACAGCCCCCCGUAUGCGCCGUCCCAUCAGCAGUAUCCCCCAUCGCACGCCACGCCCCUGCCCAAGAAGGCGUACUCCAAGUUGGACAGCAAGGGCUAUGGCAUGUAUGAGGACUACGAGAACGAGCAGUACGGGGAAUACGAGGGUGACGAGGAGGAGGACAUGGGCAAGGAGGACUACGACGACUUCACUAAAGAGCUGAACCAAUACCGGCGUGCCAAGGAGGGCAGCAGCCGAGGCCGAGGCAGCCGAGGCCGGGGCCGGGGCUACAGGGGCCGAGGAAGCCGUGGAGGAUCACGAGGCCGUGGCAUGGGCAGAGGCAGCCGAGGCAGGGGCAGAGGCGUGGGAGGAGACCACCCAGAGGACGAAGAGGAUUUCUACGAGGAAGAGAUGGACUAUGGAGAGAGUGAGGAGCCAAUGGGAGAUGAUGACUAUGAUGAGUACUCCAAGGAACUAAACCAGUACCGCCGCUCUAAGGAUGGCCGUGGCCGAGGGCUAAGCCGAGGCCGUGGCAGGGGCUCCCGAGGUCGAGGGAAAGGGAUGGGCCGGGGCCGAGGCCGAGGUGGCAGCCGAGGAGGGAUGAACAAGGGCGGAAUGAAUGAUGAUGAAGACUUCUAUGACGAUGACAUGGGCGACGGUGGUGGUGGAAGCUACCGGAGUCGUGACCAUGACAAGCCCCACCAGCAGUCAGACAAGAAAGGCAAAGUCAUCUGCAAGUACUUCGUGGAAGGGCGCUGCACCUGGGGAGACCACUGUAAUUUUAGCCAUGACAUUGAACUCCCAAAGAAGCGAGAACUGUGCAAGUUUUACAUCACUGGAUUUUGCGCCAGAGCCGAGAACUGCCCCUAUAUGCACGGCGAUUUCCCGUGUAAGCUGUACCACACCACGGGGAACUGCAUCAAUGGUGACGACUGCAUGUUUUCCCACGACCCUCUGACCGAAGAGACCAGGGAGCUCUUGGAUAAGAUGUUGGCUGAUGAUGCAGAAGCAGGUGCCGAGGAUGAGAAGGAGGUGGAGGAACUGAAGAAGCAGGGCAUCAACCCCCUGCCCAAACCACCCCCUGGUGUGGGCCUCCUACCCCCCCCCCCUCGGCCCCCGGGCCCGCAGGCUCCCUCUCCCAAUGGCAGGCCCAUGCAGGGUGGCCCCCCACCCCCGCCCCCUCCUCCGCCCCCGCCGCCAGGGCCCCCUCAGAUGCCCAUGCCGGUGCACGAGCCCCUGUCCCCGCAGCAGCUGCAGCAGCAGGACAUGUACAACAAGAAGAUCCCCUCCUUGUUUGAGAUUGUGGUACGGCCCACGGGACAGCUGGCUGAGAAGCUGGGUGUAAGGUUCCCUGGACCUGGUGGACCUCCAGGGCCAAUGGGCCCUGGGCCCAACAUGGGACCCCCUGGGCCAAUGGGUGGUCCAAUGCACCCUGACAUGCACCCGGACAUGCACCCCGAUAUGCACCCUGACAUGCACCCUGACAUGCACCCUGACAUGCACCCCGACAUGCCAAUGGGCCCUGGCAUGAAUCCUGGUCCACCCAUGGGCCCUGGUGGCCCCCCAAUGAUGCCCUACGGUCCUGGAGACUCCCCACAUUCUGGAAUGCUGCCCCCCAUCCCGCCAGCCCAGAACUUCUAUGAAAACUUCUACCAGCAGCAGGAGGGCAUGGAGAUGGAGCCGGGACUCCUUGGGGAUGCAGAGGACUACGGGCACUACGAAGAGCUGCCAGGGGAGCCUGGGGAGCACCUCUUCCCUGAGCACCCUCUGGAGCCCGACAGCUUCUCUGAGGGAGGGCCCCCAGGCCGGUCGAAGCCAGGCGCCGGUGUCCCUGACUUCCUGCCCUCAGCCCAGAGGGCCCUGUACCUGAGGAUCCAGCAGAAGCAGCAGGAGGAGGAGGAGAGAGCGAGGAGGCUGGCUGAGAGCAGCAAGCAGGACCGGGAGAAUGAGGAAGGUGACACUGGAAACUGGUACUCAAGUGACGAGGACGAGGGUGGAAGCAGUGUCACCUCCAUCCUGAAGACCCUGAGGCAGCAGACAUCCAGCCGACCCCCCGCUUCAGUCGGAGAGCUGAGCAGCAGUGGGCUGGGGGACCCCCGCCUCCAGAAGGGGCACCCUCCAGGAAGCCGGCUGGCUGACCCUCGCCUCAGCCGGGACCCCAGACUCACCCGCCACACAGAGGCUUCUGGUGGGUCUGGCCCAGGGGAUUCGGGACCCUCAGAUCCUCGGCUGGCCCGCGCCCUGCCCACCUCCAAGCUCGAAGGCAGCCUUCAUUCCAGCCCUGUGGGCCCCAGCAGUUCCAAGGGAUCUGGGCCACCCCCGGCAGAGGAGGAAGAAGGGGAGCGGGCCCUGCGGGAGAAGGCUGUGAACAUUCCCCUGGACCCACUCCCUGGGCACCCGCUGCGGGACCCACGGUCACAACUGCAGCAGUUCAGCCACAUCAAGAAGGACGUGACCCUGAGCAAGCCCAGCUUUGCUCGCACUGUGCUCUGGAAUCCCGAGGACCUGAUCCCCCUGCCCGUCCCCAAGCAGGAUGUAGUGCCCCCCGUGCCUGCCGCCCUGCAGUCCAUGCCCACCCUGGACCCCCGGCUGCACCGCGCUGCCACGGCAGGGCCCCCCAACACUCGGCAGCGCCCAGGCACCUCCACAGACUCUAGCACACAGGGCGCCAACCUCCCUGACUUUGAACUUCUCUCUCGCAUCCUCAAGACGGUCAGUGCCACCGGCUCCUCUGUCACCCCUGGCUCCAGCGACAAACCCAGUGACCCCCGGGUGCGGAAAGCCCCCACCGACCCUCGGUUGCAGAAACCCACAGACUCCACAGCUUCCUCCAGGGCUGCCAAGCCUGGCCCCACUGAGGCGCCCUCUCCCACCGCCAGCCCAAGUGGGGAGGCCUCCCCUCCAGCCACCGCUCCCUAUGACCCCCGUGUGCUGGCAGCUGGUGGGCUGGGCCAGGGUGGAGGGGGCGGGCAGAGCAGUGUGCUGAGCGGCAUAAGCCUCUAUGACCCAAGGACUCCCAACGCAGGGGGCAAAGCUGCAGAGCCGUCCGCCGACACGGGUACCCAGCCCAAGGGUGCCGAGGGCAAUGGCAAGAGCUCGGCCUCCAAGGCCAAGGAGCCCCCGUUUGUUCGCAAGUCAGCCUUGGAACAGCCAGAAACGGGGAAGGCCGGUGCCGAUGGGGGCACCCCUACGGACAGAUACAACAGCUACAACCGGCCCCGGCCCAAAGCCGCCACGGCCCCCGCUGCCACCACCGCCACCCCGCCCCCGGAGGGUGCCCCACCCCAGCCUGGGGUGCACAACCUGCCCGUGCCCACCCUCUUUGGGACGGUGAAGCAGGCACCCAAGACAGGCUCAGGAAGCCCAUUUGCUGGGAACAGCCCGGCCCGCGAGGGCGAGCAGGAUGCGGCGUCCCUGAAGGAUGUUUUUAAAGGCUUCGACCCCACGGCCUCCCCUUUUUGCCAGUAGUGUCCGGCCAGAGCCGCAGCUCCAGCUGCCCUUCCCAGGGUUGCAUUCAGGGCAUCACCAGGCUGGGGAUCUUGGGGGGCAGGAGAGGCAGGCUGGGUGUUCCCUUUUCUUUUUCUUUGCUUCUCUCUUUUUUUUUUUAGUAGUACUUUCUGUGAGACUUAUAAAUUGUAUAUAACCAUCUUAAGUUCUGGUCAGUGCGGCGGGCUCUCGGGCUCCUGCUGAGCAAACCGACUCAUGCCCGGCCUUGCUGGAGGUCCAGUGGGUUUUCUGGGCAAAGCAUGGCCCCUUUUCUCCAGGACAAAGGGAGCAGUUGGUGUCUGGGAAGGCACUGAAUGCUCCUCACCCCGUGCCCGAAGAGACCCAGAACCCAGACCGCGGCAGGGCCUGUGUGGAAGCAGGUACAGGUGUUUCUGGAACCCUAGGGUGCACCAUCACUGUCUCUUCAGUACGGGGCGUGGCAACCCACUCGAGACGGUGACAGUAAAAAGGUAUUAAAGAAAAAGCUGUCAGUGGCACUCCGGGGGCUCUGGCGCAUGCCUGCUCCUGUCCCUGGAUUGGCAUGCAGGCCCUCUCCACCACCCUCCAGCCAGAGCAAGUGGAUGCUCCCCCACCCCCAGCCUGCAGCAGAACCCUCUAGAAUGAAAACUGGACCCAAACACAGGCAGUGGGGGCCAGUGUGGUGGCCCUGAAGAGCCACCUCAGGGAGACAGCCCCUGGGGCACGCACGAGUUUUCUGUCAGUAUUACCCGACCUGUCCCAUCGGGGCCACACCCUCCUCACCCUACACCAGGUCUGUCCUGGUCCUCAAGCCACACACCCGCUGUGCCCGCUGCAGCCAGGCCCCGGACAGCUCCAGGAUCCGUGCAGUGGCUGCUCCGCCAGGCCCCAACAGCAGGGGCCCUGGGAUGGCUCCUGGCCAAGUGUUUCUUCUCAGCUUUACUUGCACUUCCUCACACUGUGUGACCUGCAGGGCCCGAGGUAUUGAUGCGUUUGGAUUUCCUCUCCCAAGCCAGCAGAUGCAGGGGUUCCGAGGUGUGUCGUUGUAGGAUUUGUGGACACUUCCAGAAAGGGGCCUAGGGAGAGGAAGCCUGCAGCCAGGGCAGGGGAGGGAGAGCCUGUGCUGCCCCCACAAUCCCACCCUGGCUCAUGGCCAGCCUCGCCCACGGAGCCCGGGAGGAGGCCCACCCAUGGACACAGCCUGGGAGAUGGAUGCAGGGGGUGCUGGCCUCUUGCUUCUGGGCCUCGAGCAGCCUCAGGAAGUGUGCGCUUGUGGCUCCAUCUGCCCGGCUCCCUGACCCGCUGCAUGGCUGCAGGCCCUCUCUUCAUGGCUGACAAUAAGGAGACCUGGUCACCUGCCAAGGGAUUUCCCCUCCCUCCUCAGGGCAGCUGAACAAGGCUCCUCCUAUCCCACCCCAAAAAGAGGAGAAUGAAAAGCUCAUAGUUUGGGGCCAGGAGGCGGGUGUCCUGCAGGGCUGCACAGCCCUGAGGGGUCAGCGCUGGGAUCAGGUUGGUUGGUUGGUCUUUCUGUCUUUUUUUUUUUUUUUAAGUAAUCAUUAAUGAGAUUUGUCUUCAGCCACCAGUGUUGGCCUUGAAGCAGAGGGUGCAGCUCUUAGUGUUUGUAAAAUAAGUAUGAAUACACAGUGUGGCAGUGUUUUGUGGGUUUUUUUUUUUCUCAAAAAUUUUCUUUUGUAAAAGAAAAAUAUUUUUUAAACCGAAAUCUGUGGUUAAAAUAGAAGCUGGAGCCUUCCUCUUGGACUAUUCAGCCUAAGAACCUCAUGGGACUAUGAAUUCACCCGAAAUUCUCAUUUGCCAUUAGGCCGAGCUUUUAAAGAAAAAUUGUUCUCUAACCAGGAUUGUAACAAAAGUGUAAAUACUAUUUCAGAGUUGAGAGUUGGUGGUGCAAAUAUGUAUAUAAUGAACUGUAUUUUUACAAUGAUCGUCGCAUGACUAUUUCACACCCUUUUUAUACUCCAUAUCUGUCUUCCAGAAAUGUCACCUGCCUUUUCUCCUGUGGUCUCUUAAUCCAGUAAUUGUAUUCCUGCCAUUAAAGGGUGCAGUUAUUUUAAAAA